AGCUGCUAGUCGUUCACACACUUGUUUUCUUUUUUGGUAUUGAGUGAUUUCCAUAAAUUCACUUCGCGACUUUUCGAUGAUUACGCCACCACUGCACAUAAGAAGCAGUAUUGCAAUACCGGGCAAGACGAAGAAAUUUCUGGGUAAGUCGAUUGCAGUCACGUACCGAAAGGCAGAUACAUGAUAUCUUACCACCAUAGCUUGAACGUAUUUGUAACAAUUAUGUAAUUUUCUAUUCGUUAAACAAUUUUAUUAUUAUUAUUAAAGCGCAUCUAUAUAGAUUUAUUUGUUAUAAUUUAUAGUUGAAUAACUCAUUUGAAAAAUCAGUAAAACCAAAUAGUAUGUUUUGUUGGUGCAAAUAAAUAUUUAGUAUAUUCAUUGAUACGGUUUUUGAAAUGAGCGAUUCGGUUAUUCUACACGAGUUAGAUUGUAUCUAAGUCAACCUAACAAGACAGUGUAAAGCAGAAAGUAAAAAGCAAUCCUAGAUUAAACACAUGAAACUAAUGAGAGUCUCAACGUUUAGUUUUUUGUUAGAUUCUAUUCUUUCGGUUAAUAUAUGUCGCUAGUCCGUAGUCGCUGUCUAAAAUCUCGCUAAAGAUUAUGGAAGAAAAGUCAUACUAAAUGUCUUUCGAUAAAACACACCGUUUUCCCUGGCAAAAAAAGAGUGCAUCUAUAAUAUGAAAGUAGGUUUUGGGUUACAUUGACAUCAGCGUCGACAGUCAUUAAUCUAAAUAUAAUAUCUAUUGCUAUUAUUUUAAAACUGCAUAAAAAUAAUUUUAACUAGUUUUCCAAAAGCGUAAUGAAUAAUGACAAAUGACAAAAAUAGGGGUUUGUAAAACGAGGCUUAUUUCUUAAAAUGCCGCUUUGAAUUGAUUUUUGGGUCACUCAUUAUAUACAGUAAUUAUGAAUUUUACCUUUUAUAUACAAUUUUGUAUUUGUGCUAAGGUAUUUUAAACGGUAGGUAUCUAAACAAACAUUGAUUUUGUGUAUGAUACCUACAUAUUACUCUAUAGUAUAUUAAGCAACAAGUGUGGUAAACGGCGUUUGAGUCACGAGUUUAAUUGGCACGAGCGGAGCGAGUAUUUAAUAAAUGAGUGAGAUUAAGAUUAAAAGCAUGUCUUCUGAAAAGGUUACCGAUGAAAUUAGAAAAUUAACUGCACAAGAGAAAGACUAAGACUUUUUAUUGUCGAAAGAGGGAAGCAAAAACAGCUGCAAAAAACUAACAAAAAGGAAGCCAUCUGCAUUGAUUUUGCAAAAAGUAUUUCAACCCCAAAAUUCCUACAAAUGACGAAUAUUAUAAACGGCAGUCAUCCAGGUUCUUUCUUCUGGUCAGUCGAUAUUUUAUACCUAUUUCGACAGAAUCGCUAAAAAAUGAUCAAAUGAAAUGACUAAUUUUCACUUCUAGUCAAUCAAGACGACAUUGAAGAACUGGAAUUCUUUUGCUACUCUGCAGGAGGACAAAAUACAAAAUUUGUCAUUUAUCAAUUUAUCCAUUUUAUUGUUAACAACAAAAUUCAUACCUUAAGAGAAAUUAAAAUUACAUUUCCUGUAAAAUGACACUCGUAUUUGGAGAGUGAGAAAAACGUAGGUGUUUGAGAUCCCGGAAGAAUAUGAAGAAGUGAAUAGUGCUUUGCCACUUGGAAAGCCGACGUUUGUAGACCUGACGAGCCUAAUGCGGUUUUGUAGUCGAGGCACAUUACGGACAAGUUUGAAGUACUUACACUGAUGUAUAAAUUUGAAACAUAUAAAAUUAAUUUAUAAAAAUAUCUCCUACCAGCUAUAUUUUCUUGUUUGUUUCAGGUGACCUAGCUGCUUUCUUCCUUGGAAAACAUGAACUUUGUUUUUGUGGCACCAAAUUCGUUAAAUUUUUUUUUUUAGGUUUAGUGCUAUAUUCAUAAGAUUUUGCUAUAAUGUGUAACUUUAGUUUUCCGUCAACGUUUGAAUUAUUUCUAAGUAUAGAACAAAAAUAUUUCGUUUUGAGUAUUAAAAUGGUAUUUACUCAGUUUGAAAAUAAAGUCUGAUUUUCUUCACCUUCUUUGUUGUGAACCAAUAUCAAAAUAGAAAGUUCUAUUUUCAUCGACCUCAAAAACAUUUUUAACCUUAACCAUGAACCUUAUGAAUUGAGAUUUCUUAGGAUAGUUUAUAAUUGAUAAUUGAAUAUUGAAUAUUUUCCUAAAAAAGUUGAAUUUCGCACACCAUACAAAAAUGAUUUUAUUCACUUCAAUUUUAGUAAUUUGAUUGUGCAUUAACCAAACCAUUUGUUUUUUGUUCUCGAGUGAAUGCUAUUGACACAAAAAGGUUUCAGUAUUGGAUGUAUAAACUUCGCAACACUUCCCUGGACCACGAUGAUCCCAAUAACCGCCCGUUCCUCCAGAAGAACUUCGCAACAUUCCAGUCGUUCGCGAUCAUUCUGCCUAUGAUAGUGAUGUAUUUUAUCGCCGCAUUCGUAGGCCACAAAAUCAGACCGAAGACGAAAGCUUUGAUCUUCUUGUGCCCGAUAAUAUUAAUAUUUUUCGUGCACACGCUGUUGGUCAAUGUGAACACUGACGGCGUUCAGCUGGCAUUUUUCUUCUUCACUUCGAUUACUUUGGUCGUUUUAAGUGUCGUUACUGGAAUCGGAGCUGUCGGAUGUUUGACGCUAGCUUCAUCUUUUCCAUCAAAUUACACCAAAUGCUUCCUGGUGGGACAAGGCUUGGCUGGGAUUUUCACGUCCGUGAUUCGAAUAAUCUCCAUCGCAUCUGCGCCUUCUACCGUGGAUGCCGCCUUUAUAUAUUUCGUAACCGGAACAGUCACCAUGGCUAUCGGGACCGUUCUAUUUGUCAUGGCUUCCAAGACUCCGUUUUUCAGAUACCAUUUGCGCGACAUCGAUGCAGAAACGAAGAGAAAAGUAAACUCUAUCGGCGCAAUCUUAAGGGCAGUGCAACAGUUUUGGAAAGUGCUGCUUCUAAAUGUUAUAGGGAUAAUUUUUCCGAUAGCGUCAAUCGUAAAUUUGGUCGUUUCGGAAUACAAAGGCACGGGAAACACUUGGGGAGACUGGUACUUUGUAACGGUGGCAACUUUCUUAAUACCGGCCAUUUGCGAAAUCACGGGCAAACUUCUGGCAACCUUAAUCGACAAGGACUACCCCUGGUGGUUUCUGUAUAUCGGAAUAUUGAUCAAGAGCUUGCUUCUGGGGCCGAUGAUAUUUUUUUCAAAUGCUCAGCCAAGGUCCCAUACUCCGGUUGUUUUUAAACACGACUGGCAAUAUAUCAUCAUCAUGAUCCUAAAUUCGCUGUGGGGUGCUUAUCUAGGUAACGUUUUGAUGCUGAAAUUGAUAAGGCUGAUACCAAAGGAUAAACUCGAUCUGCUGAUUUCGGUAGAUCUUUUGUUUGCCGGCCUCGUUGCCAUAGCGACUGCUCCCCUGGGUCUGAUAAUAGUUGCGAUGCUAUGAGGCCAUGGACGAAUGAGUAAUAUUCAACUAAUUAAAUUUUUGGGAUUUGUCGCAAUUUACGACACGUUGUAUAUUAUAUUGUAAGAUAUAAUCAGGACCCAAUUGAACUUGAAUUUAAUAAAGCUUUGCAGCAUAUACAAGCCGAAAUUGUCAAUAAAGGAAAGCUUAUUGAAAGCAUCAAUAGUCACUUAAAACUGACAAGCUUUGUCUGCCACGAUUAAAGGUUUGUUUUGUCCCGGCUAUAUAAUAUAAUAAUAACAUAAGGUCUAUUAGCACAUUUUUUAUCAAUUAAGUAUUUAUGUAUUGCUUGUAGUUUAUAUAUAAGCUUUAGUUGGAAUUAUUUUUGAAAGUAUACAUUU